ACAUCGCUUUAAACAGAAAGAGAUGGCAGUAAUACAUAUUUAUUUGUUUAUUUUUAUUUUCAUUUCACAUUCAAAUACAACUAUUGAAAUAAAUGUUUGAUAGUCGAUAAGAGGUGCAAAGGAAGAAACAGUGAGGCAAAGCGAAUUUAUGCUAAAAACCCUCUCGAACACACGAAACCCGUCGCACUGCAUCGCGUCAUUUAUGACCUAUCUUAAGCGGUGCAGGGUAAGGUGCAGUGUCCACAGCUACACCAAGGCUAAGUACAACCGGAGUGACAAGAUGGAGAUGGGUCUGCCUGACUUCCCUCGUGGACCUCUGGACAUAUACAGGAAGAAAGCAUCCUUCAACUGGAAAGAGAUGGUUAUGUUCCUUGAGGGAGAGGACAUGCUAGCAUUUAAGCAACACGUGUUCCGGAUGUUGGAGAAUGACCCUAUCUUCGCCCGGCAGUCCGGCGAGGACAUGUCAACGGAGAGGAUGCGUGAGGUCACUUUCAGACGGUGUAAACAGCUGUUCCGGUAUGACUUCUUGACACGCGAUGGCAUCAUGGCGAACCCGUGGAGGACGGUAGUGUUCAAUGACUGUCUGGGCAUGUACGAUUGGUCAUUGGGCGCCAAGUACUUCCUCAACAAAGGGAUGUUUGGUGCGACUGUGGCCAACUCCGGAUCCCAGAGACACAGCCAGUUUGUGCAGGAUACAGAGGACAUGAUGACAUUUGGAUGCUUUGCAUUGACAGAGCUGAGCCAUGGCAGCAAUACCAGAGCUAUGAGGACCACAGCCAAGUAUGAUCCAAGCACACAGGAGUUUGUGAUCCAUUCCCUUGAUGUUGAGGCUGCCAAGUUCUGGGUGGGGAACCUGGGGAAGACGGCUACACACGCUGUGGUGUUCGCCCAGCUCUACACCCCCGACGGAGCCUGUCACGGCCUGCACUCCUUCAUAGUUCAGGUCAGAGAUCCCAAGACUCUGCUGGCGAUGCCAGGAGUAAUUGUUGGAGAUAUGGGCAAGAAGCUCGGCCAGAACGGACUGGACAAUGGGUUUGCGGUGUUUCACAAUGUCCGAAUCCCUCGGGAGAAUAUGCUGAAUAAGACCGGUGAUGUCACCCCUGAAGGACACUACGUCACACCUUUUAAGGACCCUAACAAGCGUUUCGGGGCUUCCCUGGGUGCCCUGUCGGGGGGCAGAGUCUCCAUCUCCAGAAUGGCUGUGGUCAACCUGAAGCUAGCCAUGACUGUAGCUAUCCGUUUUUCUGCCACCCGACACCAGUUUGGACCUAAAGACGACCAGGAGAUUCCUGUCAUAGAGUACCAGCUCCAGCAAUGGCGUCUGAUCCCUUACCUGGCGGCCGUGUACGCUCUGGACUACUUCUCUAAAUCCAUCUUUGGGAACUUUGUGGAGUUCCAGAUCGGUAUGAUGAUGAAGGACAAAAGCGACAGACAGGCGGAGCUGGGCAGAGAGAUCCAUGCCAUUUCCUGCUCCAGUAAGCCCCUGGGGUCCUGGACGGCUCAGAGGGGUAUCCAAGAGUGCCGUGAGGCCUGCGGAGGACACGGAUACCUGGCCAUGAAUCGUCUGGGGAGCCUCAGGGAUGACAACGACCCUAACUGUACAUAUGAGGGAGACAACAACGUGCUCCUGCAGCAGACCAGCAACUACCUCCUCAGCCAACUACACGCCAAACAACAAGAUGGAGUGAGGAUUGAGUCUCCACUAGAGUCUGUCAACUUCCUGGAAGACUUUGACAGCAUUCUGGAGACCAGGUUCACGGCAACGUCGGUGGAGGAGUGCAUGGACUCUGCAGUGCCAUUGGCAGCGUAUAAAUGGCUGGUGUGUUUCCUACUGAGAGAGAGCGAGAGGAGAGUGACUAAGGAAAAGGCUUCUGGCAAGGCUGACUUUGAGGCCCGCAACAACAGCCAGGUGUUCUACUGCCGUUCCUUGUCCAUCGUGUACAUAGAGCACACCGUGGUGCAGAGGUUCCACGACCAGACCCAUGAUGAGGACACACCGGCUGGUCUCAGACCAGUUCUUAAACAGCUCUGUGCCCUCUACGGCCUGUGGACCCUCAGCAACCACAUGGCCACGCUGUACCAGGGGGGUUAUUUCUCUGGUUGGGAGCCAGCUGAUUGGAUCCAGCAGGCCAUCCUCACCCUCUGCUCUCAGCUGAAGGACGAGGCCAUAGCUUUGGUGGACGCCAUUGCCCCUUCUGACUUCAUCCUCAACUCACCCAUUGGCAAUGCGGACGGGGAGCUCUAUAAGAACCUGUGGUCCACGGUGAUGCAGGGGAACAAGGUUCUAGAGCGCCCGUCCUGGUGGGCAGAGUUCACCUCAGACAAGCCUGUGGUGGGUUCCCUCCGACCCAAACUGUAGGUUUGUAGAUCACGGUUCUAGAGUCCUCUGUUCCCCAGUUACACCACCCAGUUUCAUCAGCCGAGAAGACAACAAGAAGAAGCCUUCAGAUUAGAUUAAUCUCCUUCUCCUCACAUUGAAAUAUGACCUUUGUAUUAUCAGAUAUGAAAUGAAUGACAUAUUGGGCCUUUUUAAUGAGUGUAGAGGCAAUGCAAUUAUAAACCACUGUCUUCCUCUGAAUACGGUAAAGAAUGAUAAUCAACUAUGUUUGGUAAUUGUUGGAAUCAGUGCCUAUGAUUGGAAGCACUCUAAAGAGAAUAGAUUAUGUUCAAGUACAUUUGUUAACACGUUUCAAUAGAUUUGAUGCCAGCUUCUUGAUAUAAUUAUGUAUCUAACACUACAUAAGGAUGUCUGUUUUGUAUAAUUAAUGUAACGGUGUAAUUAAUGUAACUAUAAAUUCAUGUAAUGUGAUAUUUGUGAAAUAGAGCUUAUUUUGAUUGCCAAAUGAUGCAAUGAGGCCACGUAUAUACUUACCACACAUAUAAUAAUGUGGUAAUAUAUAAAUGUAAUAAAUUGUGCACAUUUAGUAAAAUAAUGACUGAAUAAAGGGUUUGUAAAAUAAAUACAAUAUUUCUACUAAUACAUAUA